CAUUGCAGCAGAGGUUUUCUCGAGCCUUCCUUCCUUGCUCUUAUCCUCUUCCUCCGGCCACCUCACAGGGAUCCAAUCGUCCUCUCCCUCAGCGGCCUCUCCUUCAGGCUGCCUUUCUUCUUCUCUGUGACCUGACGUUCGCUGCCACGGCAACCUCUUCUCCGGCGCCUGCUCCCUGCAGCUGCAGCCCAGCGAGCGCUGUGCUCCUCCAUGCCGUCGAAGCUCUUUCCGGUUCUCCCUGUUACGCUAUGGCGUGCUCAACAACUCCAGUAAAGUAUCGUAGAGAAUCAUCUUGAACUAUGGACAAAGCACGCAAGCGGAAGGCUGCUCAUACAGGGAGACUCCCCAUUGAGCAAUUGACGAAUAAUGAUUCAUCCAUACCGGCUUCUCAGUUAGGAAGCUCCAUUUCAGAAUCUCUCCUUCCAUCACAGAGAGUGGUCAGACAACGAGCCCUGCUAUCUUCAGAUUUGCCACGGCCAGAGUCAUCUACUGCUGCUGAAACACGUAAGAAACGUAAGGCCGCUAUAGCUUCUGGAAGACAGGAAGAGAAUUCAGAGCCUCUUCUUCAUAACCGACACCGCCGGAAUUGUUCCCUAAGAGGACAUUCAGGUCCUAUCUCAGACUGCUGCUAUAUGAAGCUGUUAAUACUGCAAUCAAAGAAUCACCGGCGAAACACACAUACAAAUAUCUGGCACUGUUUCCGCACCCCUUUAUUUGGGAAGUCAGAAUCAAACAUGCUCAUAUUGUGGUGCUCGCUUUUGGGCUGAGGAACGAGUACGUGGACAUGGACGGACAACUUCUCCAGUAUAUAACAAAUGCUGCAGAGGAGGAAGCAUUCUACUACCUCCUUACAAGCCACCUCCGGAGCCCUUACUUGGCCUUCUGACAGGAAAGGAUCCUGCACUAUCAAGACAUUUCUUUGAUAACAUCAGACGAUACAAUUCUAUGUUUGCCAUGACUUCUAUGGGCGUCAAUGUCAUAAAUUCUAUCAACGAUGCCCGUGGCCCUUAUGUCUUCAAAAUUAGUGGCCAACUAUGUCAUCGAAUAGGAUCACUAAUUCCAAACGAUGAAGCAAGACCUGAGUAUUGCCAGUUAUAUAUCUUUGACACUGAUAAUGAGGUUAGAAACAGAAUAGCUGUUGCAACAACCUCAAACAGUGACUUUCAACCAAACGAAGCUAUUGUUGCUUCCUUGAUAACCAUGCUUGAUACACACAACUCAGUUGUGCAAGUUUUUCGAACUGCCCGUGAUAGGCUAUCUAUGCAGCCAAACAACCAAUCUGGUGAACCAGACGAUCGUUAUGCUGUCAAGCUAUUUUCCACCCCAACCCAGCAUGGCAACAUUUAUAGUGACCCAGUUACAUCUGAAGUGGUCGGCUUGGUUGUGAAUGAUUUAGGGACCACUGAAGAGGGGCGUGACCUAAUAGUGCAAGAUCACUCAUGUCAGCUCCAAAGAGUAAAAGAAACACAUUGCAAAUUUAUGGCAAUGCAAUAUCCACUGUUGUUUCCUUACGGAGAAGAUGGUUUCCAUGAGAAUAUUAAGUACAGAAGAUGUAGUCGCUCCAACAAGAUCAAGCGAAAGGUUGUCACCAUGGCAGAAUAUUAUUCAUACAGAUUGCAUGAUAGAGCCGACGAUUUCAAUACCCCUUUGCGAUCCAAGAGACUAACCCAAGCUUAUGAAGUUGAUGCGUACUGUUGUGUCGAGGAUGACCGCCUGAGAUACUACAGGAAGAAAUCAUUUCAAAAAAAAUACAGGUCCAGCCCAUAUAAAGCUUUAGUUGAAGCGGUCAGUAGUGGGAUCACUCAAGGUUCGGCUGCAGGGCAACGAAUUUACUUGCCAGGAUCAUUCACUGCAAGUCCCCGCUACUACUACCAAAACUAUCAAGAUUGUGUUGCACUAUGUCGUAGGUUCGGAUGCCCACAUCUAUUCAUCACAUUCACAUGUAAUGCUUUGUGGCCAGAAAUUGAUGAAGCUUUGGCAUUCAUACCCGGGCAACAAGCUUCGGAUAGACCUGAUAUUGUUGACAGAGUUUUUGAAAUGAAACUCAAACUACUCAUACAAGAUAUAGAGAAGUAUGAAUUCUUUGGACCUAUACUUGGAGUUGUCUACACGAUUGAGUUCCAAAAACGAGGCCUUCCACAUGUCCAUUUGAUUCUAUGGCUUAAAAAAGAUAAGCCUAUUGAUGCUGCUCAAAUAGAUGCCUUUAUAUCCGCACAACUGCCAAAUCCAUCUGUUGAUCCGUUAGGUUUUGAGGCCGUUUCUAAGUUCAUGAUUCAUGGUCCUUGCGGAUCCUUAAAUACGUCCUCCCCUUGCAUGGUUGAUGGAAAAUGUGAUAAGUUCUAUCCAAAGAAUUUUUCUGAAACCACUACUAUAGCAGACUUAUUGGUUAAAUAUCAAGCACAUAUAAAUGUUGAAAGUGUUAAUCGCAAUGGAAUGGAAAAGUAUUUGUUCAAGUAUACAAACAAAGGACCUGAUUGUGCCAAAGCUGCACUCAAGAGGAAAAGAGGUAAUCCAGACUCUCCUACGGAGAUAAUUGAUGAAAUAAAGGAAUAUCUAGACUGCAGAUAUGUUACUCCCAACGAUGCUGCAUGGCGAUUGCUUCAGUUUGAUAUCCAUUACACUAAUCCAUCAGUAGAACGCCUUGCUGUUCAUCUCCCGCUAGAAAAUGGUGUUCUUUAUACAGAGGAUGACUAUCUUGAUCAGGUCAUUGAGAAUCCAUCUAAUCUCAUAACUAAGCUAACGGCAUGGUUUGAUGCCAAUCAACAAUAUCCAGAAGCCAGACAGUACACCUAUGUUGAAUUUCCUGAACACUGGACAUGGCAUGGUGAUGGAAAAUAUUGGCAUAUACGCCGAAAUAGUCGUGGGAAGGUUGGUCGAAUUGCUAAUGUUGCUCCUAACGAAGGAGAAAGAUUUUACCUGCGCAUGUUGUUGCAUAUAGUCAAAGGAGCACAAAGCUAUUCUGAUCUCCGCACUGUUGCCGGCCAUAAGCACCCAACAUUUCGUGCUGCAUGUGAAGCAUUGGGCUUGCUGGGUGACGAUCAAGAAUGGUUCCAUGCUAUGGCUGAUGCAGCACACUGGGCACUUCCCUAUCAAUUGCGACAGCUGUUUGUCACAUUACUGCUUUUUUGUGAAGUCACCAACCCUGUUAAAUUGCUUGAUGAAUACACACAGGCAAUGGGAGAAGAUAUUGCAUAUCAUGCGAAACAACUGACUCCAGAACUCCCUACAACAACCAUGGACCAACAUAUCAGAUCAUAUGUUUUAGUUGAAUUAGAAAAACUGCUCAAAGAUGCUGGAUAUAGCUUAGAUCACUUUCACUUACCACAACCAGACCACAGUUCCUCUCGGAUUCUCACCAAUAGAUUCAUUAUGGAAGAACUUAGUUAUAAUUCAAAUGGUGCAUUUGCUGAACUAGAUGAGCAGAUCAAGAGACUGAAUUCAAGCCAGAAACAUAUUUAUGAUACCAUAGAGCAUUCAGUCUUAAAUGGUUGUGGGCACACUUUCUUUGUUUAUGGUUAUGGUGGGACUGGCAAGACUUUUCUAUGGAAUACUUUGCUCAAUAGUAUUAGAAGCCAAGGAAAGAUAGCUUUAGCAGUUGCAUCUUCAGGCAUAGCAGCUCUGUUACUCCCAGGAGGUCGAACACCCCACUCACGUUUCAGAAUUCCAUUGGACAUCCACGAGCAUUCUGUCUGUGCAAUUAAGAAAAAUACACAGUUGGCUGAGCUAAUACAACAGACAUCCCUGAUUAUAUGGGAUGAAGCACCUGUCAACCAUAGACAUUGCUUCGAAGCACUUGAUCGCACACUAAGAGAUAUCAUGUCGUUCAAUAAUGAUGAUGCUUCCACCAAACAAUUUGGUGGUAUAACAGUUGUGCUUGGUGGUGAUUUUAGGCAAACUUUGCCGGUCAUCCCAAACGCAAGGAAACAACAAAUCAUGAAUGCAGCAAUCACUCGAUCCCGUAUAUGGCCGUGCUGCAAAGUUCUUGAAUUAACUGAAAACAUGAGACUCAACUGCCCAACUCUUUCAGGCCCUCAAAGAAUUGAAUUGCAGAAAUUUGCUGAGUGGCUCCUCUCUAUUGGUGAUGGCACAACUCCUGGCAGUACAAUAGACCAGCCUGAUACAACAUGGGUUCAAAUUCCAGACAACCUUCUAUUGCCACCCGAACAAAGGAACCUUACAGGAUUGAUUUCUUUUGUAUAUGAAACAACUCCACGUGUCACGGAAUUAGCAGCCUAUCUCUGUGAACGAGCAAUAUUGGCACCAACAAAUGAAGUCGCUGCCAUGAUAAAUAAAGAGAUUAUUUGUAAGAUAGCCACAGAAGAAAUGUCAUACUACAGUUCUGAUUCCAUUGAUGAUCCGACAUCAAAUUAUUGCACUAUGGAAUCUCUGUACCCACAAGAGUUCCUUAAUACUAUCCAAAUGAAAAUCUGA